GCGACAUGUUGUAGAUAGCAACCAGGUAAGCGUCAAAAUGGCCGCGUAGGUUGUUAUGAUUGAUAAUGAAAUACCAACAACACACAUAUUUUCUAUUUAUGCACAGUUGGCGAAAUGCCUCCAAAAAAAACAGUCACUAAGCCUGCUUCCCGUCAAACGAAGGCAACUCCUUCAAACAGGAUGGUAUCAAAGGUUCCAGCAGCAAGUCAACAAGCUUCUAAAAAAACAGCUGCAAGAGGCAAGGUUGCUACAGGAAAAAAUGCUAAUAACAAGGCUUUUGUCAAACAACCACCAAAAAAGAAAGGACCAACGAAAGAAGACCUAGCUGCAAUUACUAUCCAAAAAUGGGCCAGAAGGUUUCUAUCAAAGAGGGCGCUGCAAAAGAUGAAGAAGGAGAAAACUGAUUAUGAUGAAUUGAUGGAGAAGCUAGAGAGAGAGGCAUAUGUUACCAUGGUGAAAAAGGAGCAAGAACGUGCAGAACUUGAAAGAGAAAAAGAGGAAGAAGAGAGGAGAAGAAAGAAAGCUGAAUUAAAGAGACGAAAACGAUUUCUAGAGGCAGCAUUUGAUGGAGAAAAAGAUGAGCUUCAAAUAAUACUACAAGAAAUUGAAGAAGAGAAUAAUAUGCGAAAACUUGGAAGAGAUGUAAUUGGUCAAGCAGUGAGGUCACGUAAUCUGCUUAACAUGAUUGAAUGUGAAGAUGCUAAUGGCAACACCCCUUUGUCAGAAGCUGCAGGCGGGGGACAUGCCGAUACAAUACGAUUCCUGAUUGACAGGGGUGCGGAUGUUAACUCGCAAGGACAGUUUAGGCGAACACCACUAUACAGGACAGCGUUUGGAGGUCAUCUUGAAGCUGCUCAGGUGUUACUUGAGAAUGGUGCUGACCCACGUAUAUAUGCCAAUGAUGGAGCUACACCUGAGCAGAUUGCUUCCAUUGAUGCCCUAGUCAAACUAUUUCAAGGUUGGGAUAUUUCACAAACAGAUCAAAUUCUUGAAAAGAUUGAAAAAGUAAAGGAAGAACGAAGAGAAAAAGAAAGGGCAAGAAGAGAAGCAGAAAUGCAAAAGCUGGACAAGCAGAUAGAGGAGGCUCAGACGGAAAACAACAUCAAGCAAAAAAUACUAAAGAAGGCUUAUGAAGAACUGGAGAAACGUAUAACAGAACAUGACAAGUGCACCCUCAGUGGCCAUAAGACAGACUUAACUAUACAGGUUGUACAUGAUGCGGAACAUGAGCUGGAGAUGAGCAAGAUAGCAGCAGAAGAAGCAAGGGAGAAAUUAUCGCAACUUAAACUCAAGAAAAGGGAGCAGCAGCGUCAAGGACACAAUCUUGAAGGUAUAGAACUGCCAGGAGUGAAAGUUAACAUCAAGGAGCUCGAUGACGUCUUGAUGAGAGAUGUUGGAGGAAAGAUGGAAGCGGAUGGAAGAUGGCCUAUUUUGAUUGACAGCUCUAAUAGGUCUAGCACUUUCCUUCGUUAUCAAGAUACCAACUACCUGAAUGCUUUGAACCCCACCAUGAUGCAACCAGAGGUCAUCCGAAUGGCAUUGCUUGGCGCCCUCAGGUAUGGCAAGCCAUUUGUUAUUGACAUGCAGGAAGUGGACAUGUUUGAAGCAUGUGCAAGGAGGUUUGAUGAAGUUCGCAAAGGUUUUUUUGAAGAUAUAAUCAAUAAGGAGAUAAUUAAACCGGAAAAGUACAAAAAGCUUAUCAAGGAAACAGACGGCAAGGAAUAUAACGCUGAUCAGUUCAUAGACGCACGUGUCAAACGAUUCAAGUUUAUCGUGGUAAUGAAAUUAGAUCCGUCAGAUGAAAUGCUAGAAAAAAUGUAUCCAAUCAGAGUCGUGGUUGGAUGAAAAGCAACGUUUACUUAUUCGGUUAUUAGAACUUUUUUAUUUGGAAUAUGUACACAUGUAUAUUGCUACAUUAAGCAUUCUUGCUUACACUGUGGCAAUGCUAAUGGGGGGAGGGGAGCUUAAUCCCUGUCAGGUGGGCCGUAAGCCUUCUUACGGUCAAAAACAAAACACUUUAUCGUUGCACUUUUAUUCUUUGGGUAUACAGUAACAUAUUUUUUAAUUCCUUAGAACAGAAAGUAACUUUAUUCUAUCAGGGCAUUUCUCUUAAACCCUGACCUGGCAGUUCUUAGCCCUUGGCACCAGCUUUUGGGUCCAGGGGGAGCUUUUUAUAAAAAAAUUUUUCCAACUGACAUUGGCUUGAGUUCCGAUACGGCAAAUUUAAGCACAAUGGAUAAUAUCGAUUAAGUGUCACAGUGCUUAUUUAAAAUGGAAUGUAAGCGCUGUUGUGGUUAUCAAGAAACACUUUUUAUCGAAUUAAUCAAGUUUUGUGCGGUGAUUUUUUGUGAGCUAUUAAUGUUCAAGAGCAGCGCAUACUGUAUGUGAUUAAAGCUGAGUUUCCAUACAAUAACUACACACUAUCGCUGACAGCUUCCGGUGAUGCUAAUUGGUCAGUCGAAUUGGGGAGCCUUGCAAUCGGAGUCUGCUACUCAUUACAGUGAUUGCACUGAAAACGCUGUAGCAACAAUGUAGUGAUUUUAAGGAAACUGACUCUACAUUAACUGUUGUAGAUUUAAAAUACCUACUACACUAAUGCAAAGAUAUAAAUUGAAUGUGCAGUAUGUCUUCCUAUGUUUAAUUCAAAUCCACAUGCAGACUUUUAUAAAUGUCAUAAUAAAUUGUAUAAUUGAUGAUUUAUAUCAGAAUAUAAUAAUAAAGAUAAAGACAGUGCUUACAGUACAGUAAAUCAAA